CUCAUAGAUUUGGACGAACGAUGAAGCUUAACACAUUUCUAACUGUGGGAAUUUUGUUCGAGGCAGCACUUACAGUGCAAUCUGGCCUUCUAUCGAACUUACUUGGUGGUAAUUGCUAUGACUGGCGAAAAGGUGUACAAGAUUGUCGUAGCGGAGUCGAACGGGUUGUAAGAAAGUUUCCGCAACCGACUUAUGAUUUUGGACAGUCUAUCCUUGCAUCUUUCAACGCGCAAAUAGACAGUUUGCAAGAUUUAACUAACAACACAUCACCGAUUCUCGCAAACCGGUCAACCAAUUUACUUGAAGCACUCAGCUUACUUUCCAAAGUCGACAAUACACCCACCAAUCUGUUGUAUCAAGUGGAAAAGACAUUGUCAUCGAAAUCGGCGGCAUACCGUUCACUUGUAGCGAACUUAACGGAAAUGAUUGGUGAACUGGACACACCCGUUAACAAUGUCAUUACAAGUGUUCAGAACUCAAUCGCGACCUGUUUGAAGCAAUUCAAUAAGAGAUUCAGCGUACGAAGGCAGGAUCGCAGUGAGAAAAUUGACUUUAAGGAUAUGGUUAAAAGUGCCCGACUUAACAUGUUUACGAUCAGUUUUAUUGCUGAAACUGCUCUAAAUAGUGGCGAACAAUUUUCUACGUCUACUUUCGAAGCGAUAGCAAUUCUGACAUUUAUUUCGAAUCUUCAAGUAUUGGCUACGCACGGCGUAAAUGCAAAUAUGGGAUCGGUAUUGGUAUCAGAGACCGACAAUGUCUCGCCAUUUUUGCGUUUGUGUUUUGAAGCAUUGAAUCCAUUGGUCGGACAAAUAACUCAACUGGUUUCUUCGUCGACAUUUGAAAGUGUAGACAAAACUAAAACUUAUUUGGCAGAUUUCGUUAAAAUAAUCAACUCGUACGAAGGGCGAUUGGCGAAUUUACUUGGUCCAUUUGAAGGAGUUGACAUUACUGAAGCAAAGGUAAAUCAAAAUCUAGCAAAGGGGCAAAGUGAAGGGAACAACACCAAUGCAGAAAGUGCUGCGACUAACACUAAUGCUGAAGAUGCUACAACUAACACCAAUGCUGAAGGUACUGCGACCGACACCAAUGCAGAAGGUGCUGAUACUGACAGCAAUGCAGAAAGUGCUGAUACUGACAGCAAUGCAGAAGGUGCUGGGACCAAUGUAGAAGGCGCGGAAACUAAUUCAAAUGCGGAAGGUGCUGGGACUAACACCGAUGCAGCAGGAGCAGGAGGAGACCCAACAACGUCUCAGAGUGAUGGGUCAGAAACCAGUGCGAAUUAAAAUUUAAUCGACAUCGCAGACGUAUUUCAUAAAAGUGGGAACAGUAAAUUUGAACUCAAUGCAAUAAACUCAGCUUCUAUAUUCCUUUGUGCAGAAUCAAUUUUUAAAUUGAAGCUAAGCAACUUUCGUGUAUAAUAGUUUUUCAGUUUGAUAAAAAUUCAUUGUAAAUUCACUAAUAAAAUCGACGUUUUUCAC